AUGUUAUUUUCUGGUGGGGCCUCAGGUUCGAGUAAACCAAAGAAAGAUGAUAGAAAAGAAAAAAAAGUUGAUAAAAAUGAACGUUAUGAAAUUCAAGAACAGGUCUUUUCAAGAUGGUGUAGUUGGCUUAUUGAGGGUAGUAAUGUAGAAAGUUUUAAAGAUAUAGGUGAUCAUAAAUUUUUAAUUAAACUUGGAGAAUAUAUAUCAGGAAAAAGUAUUCCUUUUUCAAAUCAUAGACAUCAAGAUAUUGAUAAUGUAUUUACAACAUUAAUACCAGAUCAAGAAGAUAAAAUUUAUCAAAUUUCAAUAACUGAAGUUAUUGAAGGAGUUCCAAAAACUGUAUCUAGUAUGUUUUGGCAAUUAAUACAAAUAUAUUGGAAAGAAUUUGCUCCACCUGGAAUGAAUGAAUUAAAAUUAAGUGAUGCAAUAAAAAAUUGGUGUUUAGAAGCUUGUUCUCGAUAUGAUGAAAUAACUAUAAGUGAUUUUACUUCAAGUUGGAGAGAUGGAAUAGCAUUAAAUGCAUUAAUAGCAAGUUAUGAUCCAACAUUAAUAGAUAUGGAUGAAAUACGUGGCAUGAAAGGUGAUGAAAGAAUAGAAAAUGCAAUAAAUAUUGCAAAAUAUAAAUUAAAUGUACCAAAGUUAUUGACAACAAAAGACUUUCAUUCAGAGUAUUUAGAUAAUAGAAGUGUUGUACUUUAUUUAAUGACACUUUAUUUAUGUUUAGUAAAAGAAACAUCACAAGAAUCAAUUGAAAAACAAUCAAAAAAAUCAUCUGAUAUAAGAAGCAAUGAAAUUAAAAUGAUCUCACCUGAAACUGCUAAUGCUCUUCAAAAUUUUAAUCAAAAUAUUCAGAUGACUAAUGAGGAACAACAACAAAUGCAUCAGGAACAAAUUAAUCAGUUAUCUUCUGACAAUCAACAAUCCUCUCAUGUUACUAAUAAAGAAAGUUCAGAUUUACAACCUGAACAUACUGUUCGUUCCAGAAAAUCUUCUUCAUCUUCACAAAAAAGUAUUAAUAAAAGAAGAAUGAAAAAAUAUGAAGAACAAUUAAAAGAUUAUGAAUCUUGUUUAGAACAAGUUUUAGCUUGGUUAUUAGAUGCUGAAGAAGAACUUAAUAAUAUGGGUUAUGUCUCAACAACUGAUGUUGAAAAGUUGAAAGAGCAAUUUAAACAACAUGAACAAUUUAUGUUAUCUUUAACACAAUCUCAAGAUUCUGUAGGUAAAGUAUUAGCCAGAGGUCAACACUUAAGUCAAAAAUUGGAGGAGGAACAAUGUUCAGCAGUUAUAUCACAAUUAUUAAUUGUUAAUCAAAGAUGGGAAACUGUUCGUGAAAAAGCAAUGGAAAGGCAAACAGAAUUACAAUCAAAUUUAAAUAGUCUUCAAUUGGAACAAUUAAAUGAAAUUUCAAGAUGGCUUGAUGAUAUGGAAGAAAUGAUAAAAAAUAGACAAAAUAUUAGUAAUGAUAUUAGUGAAAUUGAAAUGGAAAUUAAGGAUCAUGAAGAUAUUCAGGAGAUGAUUAGUGUUCAACAAAGUAAUAUUGAAAAAUUAUCUACUUUUGUUGCUGUUAUUGAUGUUGAUAGUGAUUCAUCAGAUGAGGCAAAGUAUGAUAUUUUAGAAAAACGAUUACAUGAAGUUGGUCAACGUUGGAUUACUAUAUGUGAGUGGGCAGAGAAUCGAGCAAAUGCAUUAGAUGGUCUUGUUGAAUUACAAAUUGAAUACAGAGAGGAACUUGAAGGAUUAGGAAAAUGGUUAACUAUUAAAGAAGUUGAAUUAGGUCUUCUUAAGUCUACUGAUUUUCUUAAAACUGAUGAAGAUGUCAAACAACAACUUAAAUUAUUACAAAAAAUAGAAACUGAUUUAGAAGAGGAACAUUCAAAUUUUGUAAAAUUAUCUCAAUUAUGUAUGGAAUUAGUAAGUAAAUAUGACAAAACAAAUAUUUCUGAAGCAAAUAAAAUUAAAAAAGAUCUUGAUUUAAUUACAUCAAGAUGGGAUAAUAUUGUUACUCGUUUAGAAGAACACAGUCAAACAUUAAUUAAAAGUGGAAAAACUGGAGAAUUACAAUUACAACCAUUAAAUUUAGAAAAUGAAAAAAAUUUAUUAGAUAGUAAUUUAGGUACAACAAUUCAAUUUCCAUCAAUGGAAAUGUCUUAUUGUAUAACAACAUCUCCUUCAUCUGAAGAAAAACCAAAAAAAGAGGAAGAAGAAUUACCACAAACAGAAAUGAAUAUUGUUGAUGAAUUUGUACAUAUGGUUGGUGAAUUAAAUGAUGACAUUCAACCAUUAUAUGAUUGGCAAAGAACUUUUACAAUGAAUUUAACACCUGAAACACUUCCUAUUAUGAUACAAAUUUGUCAAAAAAAGUUAAAUGAAAUAAAGGCUGCUGAAUUAAAGGUUGAAAAAUUACAAAAUAAACUUUUAGCAAUUGAAGAUGAAGGUUUAUCACAAGAAAAUUUUCAAAUUGUAAAUGAUGUUUUUGAUAAUUUUAUGAAAAAAUGGAGUUCAAUAGUUAAAAAAAUAUCUGAAUGUUUAGGAAUUUUAACUGAAAAAAAUAUUGAUUUAGAAAAAAGUGCACAAAUUGCUAGUAAUUUAGAUAAUUGGUUAACAAAAAUUGAAAGUGUUCUUAAUGAAAUUACUAAAAUACCUGAACCAGAUCAACGAAUACAUAGAUUAAAAAAAAUUGCUGAUCAAUUAGAUUCACAGGAAAAAAAUUUAGUCUAUUUACAAAAAACUUUACCUAAUAGUGAAAAAGUUAAAAGACUCCAACAUCGUAUGAUAUCUAUUUUAACUAGUAUUCAACAAUACCAACAAAAUGAAAGUAAGGCAACUUUAAAUGAAUGGUUUAGUAAGAUGGAACAAAAUUUAAAGACUGGAGAUAUUUUUCCAGGAAAUGUUGAAUAUCUUAAUGAUGAAUUAGAUAAAGUUGAACGCCUAACAACAGAAAUGUUAGAAACAAAAAAGAGGAAUACAGAUAAUAAAGAACUUUGUGAUAGAAUUGAUAAAUUAGUAAAAAGUGCCAAUUCUAAAAAACAUAUAAUUAUUGAGAAUAUUAAUAAAACUCAACAAAUUAAUUAUAAAUAUGAAAAAAUUUUAGAAAAAAGUAAUGAAUUAAAAUGUGAAUUGGAUGGUUUGAAGAAGAGUAAUGAAUCAUUAAGUGUUUUAGAAAAACAAUUUAAAUUGUUACGUGAUAAAAUAAGUAGUGAAAGUCAAACUAAAGAUGAAAUUAUUGAACUUCUUAAUGAUAUUAAUUUAAAAAUUUUACGUUCACAUAAUUCUAAAAAAGAAGAAUUAUCUAGUCAUUUUGAUGAAAUAAUUAAAAAUAUAAAUGAAAAUUGGAAUGUUCUUGAUUUAGAGAUAGAUGAACAUUUGAAUUGUCUUGUAAAAGAACAAAGAAAAAUUUGUGAGACUGAGUUAAAAAAUUUAAAAGAAUUAGUAGAAAAAUUAGAAAAAUGUAUGAAUUCUAGUUCGGAUGCUUCUGAUGCAGAGGAGUUGUCUGAAUUUUUAGAUGAAUUAGAGCAUCUUUUGGAAAAAAUAGAAAAAGUCUCUAAACAACUUAAUUCUGUUAUUCCAUCUGAAAAUUGUUCAUUAAAAAGUGAAGUUGAAAAAUUUAUCGUUCACAAAGAAGCUAUCAUUGCUUCAGCCAAUAGAAGAAUUAAUACACUUCAAUUAGCUGUAAAUACUUGUGAUAAAUUUGAAAGUGAUUUAUGUAAAUUUCAAAACUGGUGCACAAAUGUUGGUCAUAUUCUUAGUAAACGAGUUUCAGAGGAUGUAUAUGCUAGUGAUGUUCCACAUGAAUAUAAAGUUGGUAUGAUUGAUGGAAAUCUUAUUGAACAAAUAGCAAAAGAAUUUGAUGAUAAUCAAAAGUUUUUGAAAGAUCUUGAUACAUUUAUUGAAAAAAGUAAAAGUCAAUUUCAGUCUAAUGAUAGACUACGUGUACUUCUAGAACACUCUACUAGUCAAUUAAAUGAAUUAAAAACAAAAUUUGAAGAAUUUAAGAAACCAGUUAUGUUUAAUAAUUCUGUUAAUCGUAUUUUAAGAAGACUUAGUGAUAUUGGAAGUACUGUAGAUGACUUGACAUGUUGUAGUGUUGAUGAUAUGGAGUAUAAUUUAAAUCAUUGUCAACAAUUAGUAAUAGAACUUCAAGAAAUGGAAAAGGAACUUGAAGAAUUAAAUAAUAAAAAGCAAAAUUUAAUUGAUUGUGAAACUGUUAGUGAAGAUGAAGCUAAAGGAUUAGAACAUAAAUUUGAUUAUGCUAGAAAUUGUUGUAAACUUCAUAUUGAAAGAUGUGAAAUGGCUGAACAUAAAUUAAUAAAGUGUAAAGAGUAUGUUGAAAAAAUAGAUUUUGAAAAAAGAUCAGUUGACAAAAUAUUAAAAGAUAUUGAAAAUCCUGUUUUAUCAAUAACAGCUGGUGAAAUAAAAAAUUUGUUAAUUGAAGCUAAAAAAAGUAUUGAUAAGAUUGAUGAAUUUAAUUGUUUAAUAAUUGAUAAUGGUUUUAAAAGUAAUAUUAAUUUUGAUGAUAUUCUUGAGAGAUAUGGAAAUGUACAAAAAUCAUUUGAUGCAGAUUGUUUUGAACAAGAAAAAAUGGAUAUAGAUAAUUGGGAUGCUUUAUUAGAUAGAGUCAUAGAAUACAAAGAUGAAAUUAAUUCAUUUUUAAAUUCAUUAAAAGAUGUCGAAGGAAUUGAUCUUAGAAAAGCUUUAUUUAAUCAAAGAGAAUUAAAAAAUUUAUACAAUGAUAAAGUUACUUUUUUGAUGCAUGUCAAGCCUGAAUUAUCAGAUAAACUUUUACUAGAAAUGAAUGAAAUAAAUAAUAGAUGGAAUAGUUUAGAACAUAAAAUUAAUAUUGAAGAUUCACCGGUUCCUUCAAAAAUUUUACGUUGUAAUAGUGAUAGUUCUGAGGAAGGUAUUGUAAGUAUUGCUAUGGAAUAUUCAGAGGUACCAAAAUUAAUUGAAAAUGAUACAGAAUUUUAUUCAGAUGAUGAAAAUGUUAGAAAAAUGCCAUUCCAAGAAAAAGUUUCUAAAUUAAAUGAAGUAUUUAAACAAGCUGAGGAAAGUUUAAAUUUUCAAAAAUAUCCUAUUAAAGAUUUUGUUGAUUGGAAAGAAAGAGUUGAUAAUUUUAAUAAAUGGUUAGAUAAAUGGAAUCCAACUGUUAAUGAAGUUUUAGAUGAAGGUAGACAAUUAGCUGAAAAUGGAAGAUCUGAACUUGAUGUUCAUGAUGCAUUAGAUAAAUUAGAUAAUGUUGUUGAGAUGAGUAGUAAUAUAAAAGAGACAUUAGAAGAAAAUGAGGAAAAUCUUAAUAAUAUGUUAGAUGAUUGGGAAAUUUAUGAAACAGAAAUUAAAGAAUUAAGUGAAAAUGUUGAGAAAUUAAAAAAUAAUGAAAUAGAUAAUAUUGUUAAAGCAAAAGAAACACAAGAAAAAUUAAACAAAUUUGUAAAAAAAGUUGAAGAUAUGAAUACACAAUGGUUUAAAAUGCAAAAAAAUCUUCCUGGUAAUGAAGAUAGAAUUGGAGAGGAAAGGAGAAUUCAAAUUAUUAAACAAGAUAUUUUUGAUAUUGGUGAACAAAUAAAAAAUUUCAUUAAUUUAGAAAUAAGAAAUAAAGAAUCAUCAAUAGAAAAAUGUGAUAAACAAACAAAAGAUACAAGUUCUUUGGGAUUAUCACUUAAUAUGGAUGUUUGUGAAAGUGAUGAUGAUGAUGGAAGUAUUCAUUUAACUAGUCACCUUUCACCAGAUGGAAAUAUCAUUAAAUUGUACAGUAAUCUUAAUAACAUUGAAGAGUAUUUUAAUGAACCAGAAAUUUUACCUUAUGAUGGUUUAGAAGAAAAAGCAAUGAAAUUACAGGCUAUUGCAAUCAAACUUGGAGAAAGUGAAGGGUUCGUUGAGGCAAAUCAAAUGACAAUGGAUAUAUCUGAAUCUGAUGAAGCAAUGAGACGAAUUAAAAAUUUAAAACUUAAACUUGAGAAAAGAAAAAGGCAAAUUGCAGAGAGAUCAGCAAUAUUACUUUCAUUAAAAAGUUUAAUAGGCCAAACGGAAAAUGUUAUAACUAAUCAUUUAUUAAGAGUUGUUAAAUCUGAUGACGGAAGAGAAGAUACACCAGAUUUAAAUGAAUUAGAAGAGGAACAAAAUGAAUGUGAUAGUGCCUUGGCAAAAAGUGCUGUUUUAUUGAGACAAUGUGAAAAUAAAGUUGGACCAAUUUUAGAUCAACUUAGUGAAAAAGAUAAGCAAAAUAUUAAAUCACAAUUAGAAAGAUUAAAACAAAAUUUUCUUUCUAGUGAAGAAAUUGUAAAGAAGAAAAGAGGAAAAUUAGAAAAUCGUUUAUCAGAUGAAACCAAACUUUUUGGUAUCCUUGAAACAUUAGAAUUUUGGUGUGAAGAAUGUAAAUCAUACUUAUCAAUUAUGCCAAAUCCUUUAGAUGAAGAGGAUCUUGCAAAUACAAAAAAUAAAAUUGAACAACUUUCUAGUGAGUAUGAAGAAAAAUUGGCUACAUUUCAUAAUUUAGAAAAUCUUAAAAAUCGUUUUGUAGCUUUAGAUUGUGUUAAUAAUGAUAUAAAACACAAAAUGAGAAGAGAUGUUUCAAAUAUUGGAACUAAAAUAACUGAUUUGCAAUUAAAUUUUCGAGCAUCUUUAACUCAACUAGAAACAUUAUUUGUUGAAUGUCGUGAAUAUUCAAUCAAAUAUGAAGAAAUUAAAAAUUGGCUUGAUAUUGUUAAAAAUAAUUUAGAAAAUGCUGAAACAGCCAAAAUAUAUACUCCUAAUAUGCAUGAAUUUUUAAAGUAUCAAAAAGAAAAUAAAGAAUUUAUUUGUCCAAAAUUAAAAAUAUUAGAAAAUAAAUGGAAUGAUGUUAAAAAAAAAAUAAAUGACACAACAAUGAUAAAUAUGACAAAUAAUAAUUUUGAUGAUUUACAAUUACAAUAUAAUAUGAUUAUUGAAAAUUUGAAUUGUUUUGUUCAUUUACAUAUUCAAGAAAAAGAUGAUUCACCUGCAAAUAAUGAUGAAGCAUACCAUCAUCAACUUCUUAGUGCUAUAAGUGAAGCUGAUGAAAAUAAAUUUUCACAUUCUAAUGUUCCAAAUUCACAAAAUGAUAAUAUUGAUAAUGAUAAUACUACUACAGUAGUUCAACAACAAGAAAUUAUUGAAUUACCAAUGACAAAUUCUUCUUAUUCAUUAAAAACAAAUGAAAGUAAAGAUUUAUAUAAAUCCAAGUUUAGUGUUAGAGAAAUGGCUAUGUUAGAUACAAUAAUGAAUAUUAGACAUUGGAUUAAUGAAACAGAAAGAAAUGCUUCUAUAACUGUAGAUAUAACUGACCAAAUCAAACAAAAAGAAUUAAUUGAUAAGAUUCAAAAUUUUAUUGAUGAAUUAAAAGUAAGACAACUGGAAUCACUUAGAAUAUUUGAUACAUCUACUGAACAAGAAAUAAAAGAAAAAGCCGAACUUUGUCAAGCUGAUAUAAAUAGGAUUACUGGACAAUGCCAAAGAAGGAAAAACCAAUUAAAAGAAAUGAUUGAUAGUUCUAGAACUUGGGAUAUAAUUAGAAGUAAUGUUGAAGCAUGGUUAAUAGAAGGAAAUGAUUUAUUAAAUAAUUCUCCUAAUGUUAAUGAAUUAAGUGAUAUUGCAUUAAAGGAACAGUUACGAGCUGUCGAUAUAACAAUUGAUCAAUUAAAGGAAUAUAAACAAAAGAUGAAAAAAGUUAAUAAAAUGAGUGAUGAUUUACUUGACAAUUAUAAAAUUGAUGAUGGUCAUAAUUUAUCACAUAUUAUAAGUAAAUUAAAUACAAAAUGGAAUAAAUUUAAUGAUAAUAUACGAGUAAGAAAAGCUGUUUUAGAAUCUAGUAUAAGAUCAAGAAAUGAUUUUCAAUCAGCAUUAGAAUCUUUUGAAAAAUGGUUAAAUGAAAAUGAAGAAAAAGUAGGUAAUUUAUAUAUUGAAACAGAAAGUAGUCAAAGAUUAAAAAGUUGUGUAAAAAGAAAAGAAUUAUUAAAAAAAGAAAAUGAAUGUGAUAUUGGUAUACAAGGAAAUCAGGAAGUAAUUUCUUCUCUUCGUCAAAUAGGUUUCAAAAUAAUAGGAUCUCUUGAUGACGACAAAGAAAAAGUAUUAUUACGUGAGAAAUUAGAAGAUUUUGAGGAAAGAUGGCAAAAAUUGAUAAAACAUCAUUCAAUCAUUAAAGAAAGAUUAGAGGCAGCACAGGAAGAGAGUGAAAAAUUGACAAACAAUUUAUCGGAUUUAUUAUAUUGGAUUGAAGAAAAAAAUGUAAUAUUAAAUAAGGAACAACCAAUAGGAGGAGAAUUAGCUUUAGUUAUAAAACAAAGUGAAGUUGUUAAAAAUAUUAAUAGAGAAAUUGAGGGAAGAGAAAUGAAAGUUACUGAUACUAUUGAAUUAGCUUAUUCUUUUCUAAUGCAACAUAAUUUACGUCCUAAUUUAUAUACCAAAUCGGUAUUAGAUAAUAAUAAUGACCCAAUUGAUGAGAAAACAGAAACUGCCGAAAGAGAAGAAAGAAGAAUUGGGCUUAAAAUAUUAGCUGAUUGUGAGAGGCUAAAAACAGAUUGGAAAAAUUUAAAGAAUAAAUGUAAUGAAUGGGGAAAAGUUGUAGAAGAAGCUCAUUUAGAAAUGCAAUCUUUGGACAGAGCAAUGGCUGAAAGUUUAUUAGCUAUAAGUGAGAUUGAAGCAGAAAUUAAAAAAAGAAAACCAGUUCAUGAAUUAAGACUUGAACAAUUGAAGGAUGGUUUAAUUGAUAAUGGUAUUUUGAAAAGGCAAAUACAGGAAGCUUCUAUUCAUAUUGAUGAUAUGAAUGAUGCUGGAGGUAGAAUUCAAGCUUCAGAUAUUGUUAUAACAUCAGGUUUGAGAUCUCAAAUUAAUGCUGUUAAUGAAAGAUAUGCAUUAUUAAAACGUGAAAUUUCUAUUAGACAAGCAGCUUUAGAAAGAGCAUUUGAAGAUUUUGGACCAAGUUCUGAACAUUUCUUAAUAGAAUCAUGUCAAUCACCAUGGCAAAGAGCAAUUAGUAAAUGUAAUCAAUUACCAUAUUAUAUUAAUCAUGAUACUGAAGUAACACAAUGGGAUCAUCCAGUUAUGGUUGAUGUUAUGGAACAGGUUCAAACAUUUAAUCAAGUAAAAUUUUCAGCUUACAGAACAGCUAUGAAAUUGAGAGCUCUUCAAAAAAGAUUAUGUUUAGAUUUAAUUGAUAUGAAACAAUUAGAUAAAGCAUUCGCAAAAAUUACAUCAACAGACAUUGGUGAAGCAUGUGGAGUUGAAUUAAUGGUAACAUCUUUAGUAUUAAUAUUUGAAGAACUUGCUAAAAUUCAUCCAGAAAAAAUUAGAAAUGUACCAAUGGCUGUUGACUUAACAAUAAAUUUAAUGUUGAAUAUCUUUGAUGGUUGUAGAGAUGGUUUUAUGAGAUUGAUAUCAUUUAAAAUUAUAUUAAUAGUAUUUUGUAAAGCAUCAUUAGAAGAUAAAUAUAAAUAUUUAUUUUCACUUAUUACUACACCAAAUGGUGUUGACCCAAAAAGGUUAGCUGUAUUAUUUUAUGACUUAAUACAUAUUCCAAAAUAUCUUGGUGAAGCAGCAGCAUUUGGUGGAAGUAAUAUUGAACCAUCAGUUCGUAGUUGUUUUGAACACAGUAAAUUUCCUCAUACAUUAAAUAUUGAUAAUUUUUUGCAAUGGUUAAAAAAAGAACCUCAGUCUCUUGUUUGGCUUCCAGUAAUGCAUCGAUUGGCAUCUGCUGAAUAUGCAAAACACCAAGCAAAAUGUAAUGUAUGUAAAAUGUUUCCAAUAAUUGGAUUACGUUAUCGAUGUUUACAUUGUUUUAAUUUUGAUAUGUGUCAAAAUUGUUUCUUCUCUCAAAGAACAGCUAAAAAUCAUAAGUUGGUUCAUCCUAUGCAAGAGUAUUGCGUUCCAACUACAUCCGGUGAUGAUGUAAGAGAUUUUGGCUUUAUGAUGAGAAACAAAAUUAGAGGAUUAAAACCAAAAGUUGGAUAUCUUCCAGUUAAUACUGUUGAUGAAGGUAAACCUAUUGAAAAUAGACAAGUUGUUCCUAAUAAUCCUGCAACUGAAAAUAUUCAUCAUCGUAUUUAUAGUUUUGCUCAAAAAUUAUCAAAGAAUGAUGAUUCUGGUAGUAAAAUAGAAUGUAAUAUUGAAGAAAAAAAUUUAAAUGAUAAUGAACAUGAAUAUAUUGGAAUGGAUGAUUCAGUUGUUUUAAAUUGGAAAAGAGAUACAGAAAGAAAAAGUGAUGAUGUAAAAAGUCCAAUUCAGUUGAUUAAUCAAGUUGAUCAAAUGCACAAAGAAGAACUUGAUCAAGUUCUUCAUAAAUUACAACUAGAAAAUAUUGAAUUAAAAAGAGAACUUGAAAAAAAAAGACAAGUAUCUAAUCUUCGAAGUACACCUAAUAUAAGUCAAAUUGGUAGAGGAGUAUAUGGAUCAGGUUAUAAACAAUAUAAUACUUUUGGAAGAUAUGAAUCAUCUAAACGAAAUGAUAGAAAUUUAUCUAAUGGAAGUUUACCACCCGUAGUUCCACUUCAUCAAUCAAAAGGAAGUUAUGAUGGAUAUGGUAAUCAUAUGAGAAGAUCUGGUAGUGUUGUAACACAAGGCAGUUUAUUUUCUAAUCAAAAAAUGAAUCAACAUGCAAGUUUACAAAAUGUUGACCCACCAAAUAUUAGUGAUGAACAGGCUUUAAUUGAAGAAGCUAGAACUUUAAGAUUACAUAAACAUCGACUUGAACAAAGAAGUAAAGUAUUAGAAGAACAAAAUAAACAAUUAGAAACACAAUUAGAUCGUAUUCGUAAAAUGAUUACAACUAGAAAAUCCACUGAACCACAAUUAUCUUCUCCUAUGUUAGAUAAUCUUCAAAAUCCAUACGAGUGUCGUGAUAUGAAUGCAUUAACAACAGAUGACGAGGAAUCUUGUGACAAUGGUCUUCGUAAAAAUAGAAUGGAAGCUUUAAUUGGUACAUGUGACGAGUUGGGAAGAGCAAUGCAAAAUCUUGUAUAUAAUGUUGUUGCUACAGAAGCAACAGAUGAAGAUAUUGAUGAAAAUGAAGAUAUUAUUAAUGGAAAUUAA